AUGGGCAGUGCCACAGAGUUGCUGGAUGAUCUCAGCAACCGGGACGAAGCCGCUGUUACCGCUUUGUUUGCCCAACGUAAAAGUGGUCUUGAAAAGCUGCGUGCACGCUUUGGCGAUCAGGCCAUCGGUUAUCGUGCAGAUGGCGGACAUGAGCUGAUCAGCGAGCGGGAAUUAUAUGCGAUCGACAAACUCGACUACCUGAACCGGCUGCUGCAACCAGUGCUUGGCUUUGAUGCAUUUACCCUGCAGGAUAAGCACACCGACUUGUUUGGCUUUAACCGAAAAGUGGUGAAGACCUUGAUCCAAAACAAUAGUGAGGGCGGGCUUCAUAGCGGUAUGCUGAUGCGCGCACUGCUGGGCCUGUGCGGUCAGCUGGGCAUUGAGGUUAAAACAGAAGUGGAACUGACCGACCCGCUGGCGGCACUCCGCGAAGAAGGCGCGGUGGUAGAUAUUGUCUCAUCAAAGACAGGCGAGGUAAAAGGAUGGGCUCAUACAGACUGGGGCAAGACCGUGACGGCAACACAUACGUACGAUCAGCUGAAUGCAGCUGAUUAUGAUGCAGUUGUACUUCCCGGCGGUGUUAUGAACCCUGACAAGCUGCGGACACAGGACGCUGCCGUACGCUUUGUAAAGAAUAUGGCACAGGCGGACAAGCCGGUAGCAGCUAUCUGCCACGGCCCCCAAACAUUAAUAGAAGCAGGCGUCCUGGACGGGAAAACAAUGACUUCUUACCCGUCUUUACAAACAGACCUCCGGAAUGCGGGCGCAAACUGGGUAGACGAAGAGGUGGUGCAGGAUGGCUACCUGAUUACCAGCAGGAAUCCUGAUGACCUGCCGGCUUUUAACAAGAAAAUUAUUGAUAGCCUGAGCUGA